CCCCCAGGCAACUAUACUCAUCCCUCUCUCUCGGCCUCUUUAUCUCUCUCUCUUCUCUAUCCGUCUCUCACUCCCUCUCUCUAAAUAUAUCCCUCUCUCUCCACUAUCUCUCUCCACUAUCUCCCUCUAUUUAUAGACUUCCCUCUCCAUUUCUCUCUCUCUAGCUCUCUCGCCAUCUCUCCCUCCCUCUUUUCCUCUCUCUCUCUCUCUUUCGCUCCCGUACACAUCUGACACACUUUCUCUUUUUCUGCCUCUACUCCUCUCAGCAACCACAUUAGUAACCAGUACAGGGAACAGAGUGUGAGGGCGACAGAAGUACUGUUACGAACUCCAGAAAUGGCCCCUAAAAGAGAACCAUCUAUUAAGAAGACUCCAUCGCCUGUGGCCCAGCAGCCCAGACUAGGGCCUCCUUUCCCUUGCCUCCCCUCAGCUAACCCUGCCCAGCCAAGGUCAGCUCCAGAACAGAAACCCAGGAUGCUCCGACCCUCUGAUUCUCCAUUUGACCCCAGCACCAUGGAGAUUGAGUUUAACCUGGAUCAAAUACACGAGUUUAAGGAGGCUUUCCUCCUCUUCGACAGAACCGGCGAUGGGAAGAUCAGUUACAGUCAGUGCGGCGACGUCAUGCGGGCGUUGGGCCAGAACCCCGUCAAUGCAGAGGUCCUCAAGGUCCUGGGCAACCCCAAGGCUGAGGGUGAGGAGAUGAACCACAAGAUGCUUGACUUUGAGCAGUUCCUGCCCAUGCUGCAGGCCAUCGCUAAGAAUAAAGACCAGGGCUCCUUUGAGGAUUUCGUUGAGGGACUGCGCGUCUUUGAUAAGGAGGGCAACGGCACCGUAAUGGGGGCAGAGCUGCGUCACGUCCUCACCACACUAGGGGAGAAGAUGACGGAGGAGGAGGUAGAGACGCUUCUUGCCGGACACGAGGACGCUAAUGGCUGUAUUAACUAUGAAGAACUCGUCCGGAUGGUCAUGAGCGGUUGAAGAUCGGGAAGAACAUUCCUUCCUAUUCUUCGUUUUCACCCUGUUUAUGUCUGUGACACAUUUCCCCUCCUUUUUGCAACUAGUUUCCAGUCCUGCCCGCUUCCUGUGCAAUCUUAUUAUAUCUUCACGUUUCUUUUUUUUUUCGAAAGUGCCUUUACAUUCCCAAGUUAAGACCAUUAGUGACCCAAGCUUUUUUAAAAUUGUUUUAAUGCGUCAGCCUGGUCCAUUGAAUUAAGAAUAAGACCAACUUGCAUGUAAUUAGAAGCUUGUGUGCUGCUGGCGUGACCAGCAAUAACAUUCCGAGAGAGAGCACUUCAUACCAACUGUUUGCGCUGUCUUGCCUGUUGCCAACUCUGUCAAUGGUAUGACAGUGACAGCAAUGGAGUUGUCAAGACUGCACAAAAAGAUCUGAGACCAGGCUAAUGAAGACUUGCUUUAGCUGGGAAUGUCUCCCUUCCUAUCGCUGCCAGAGCUAUGCAGUUAGUUAACCAAUAUGUAUAAGAAGCCAUACAAUCAUGACGACAUAGAAAUCCAUGAGUGGUUCAGUGGAUUUUUUUUUAUUUUUUCUUCCAUUUAUUUGUUGCAGCGUUCCAAUAAAAAAAAUGCUUUUCUGAAAACA